GUGACAUCAGCGACGGUCAGCGAUCAACAAGCACUUCGUCAGGCCAGGGAGGAUGAAGCAGCCAUGGCUGCUCACUCUUCUCCUUGCGGCAUGUGUCACACGAGCCACAGGGCAGAAUGCGAUGAGGAACAGACUGAAGGAGUACAUGCCAGGAGCGAUACAAGACCGUGCUCCUCCUUCGUCCUCUCUAGCAGCCUUGCCGCCCGCACAGUCCGCAACACGGACCAACAAUGGCAGCACGAAAAAUGAGACCCAUGAGGCUGAUCACGAGGGUGCCACUCACGUCGUACUUGAGACGACGACAGCCCAUAUAUACCUGCCGCGAGCCACGCCCUCUGGAGUACCCACUUCGACAGAGAACAGGACGGCCACCAAGCCGGCAAAGCCAAAGAGAUCGCCUGCAAACAUACGCAACCUCGUCAAUGCCGUCAAGGCCCUCUUCUCGCUCUUUCUCCAUCAUCCUCUCAGGAUAACCUGGCGCGUCAUCCUGCCAUUCUGCGUGUCCAUCGUCUAUUCGGUCACGAUCUUCUGCCUGGCAUGGUCCUGGUCGCUCAUCAGACUCGUCACCACACCGUUACUCGUUCCCUUCUGGCUCGGCGUCUUCAAGCCGAGCGCAUUUGCAAUCGGGCUCUUCUAUCGCUUCCGUCCGCUCGUCGUCUUCUUCGCAUCCGGAGCAUGCGUCGGCCUGCUCGUAGGACUGAUCGCGGGACUCAGCAAUGGCACCGUCGGCGACUACGUAUCCAACCGAUCCGAUACCCUCGAGCAAGACGCGCGGGACAGCCUCACCUUUGGCCGUGGAGUAUCCCGAACGAGCGCACAAAGGAGACGAGGGCACAACUCGCUCCUAUCUGCGCCUUAUCGCUCUCCCAGCGGGCCCAAAACUCGCUUGCCUCUGCCGCUCGAGACGACCACCUCGGACGAAGAGCAAAGCGAUUCUGAUGCUCUUUCGCCCACGCCGAUCAGCCUGGCGCGCAUGCGCAAUCCGCUUCCACCGACUCCUGCUGUACCCGGCCAAGCGAGCGACUUUUCACAAGCAUACGACGCAUCGCCCUCCCUCAAUGGCUCCGUCCGAUCCUCACGCUCCGGAUCGACAACGUCGUCGCAGCCAGUAUCGAUUCUGCGCAGAUCGAAAAAUGACGGGCUGUCGGACGACACUGCCGAAUCGACUGGCAUAGCGGCCAAGCCAGAACUCAGGCGGCGGAUUUCCGAGGUCGCCUUUGCAGACGAUGUCAUUGGCGGUAUGGAGUCUUCGUAAUCCCCACUCGAACCUUAUUGUAUGUAUCUCACAAGAGCCGGUUGUACACGAUGCAUGAUACCUUACGACCUC